AUGUGUGGACUCAGAACCGGGUUUUUGGUUUCUUUUUUAUCAACCAUGGAGUAUGGUACGAGAAAUGAGACUCGUGAUUUCAAUAUGGCUUCAAGAAAAGCUGAAGAAGCGGGUCCGUUUGCGUUUUCAUUAGCCAAGGCUUCACUUUGUGCUUCUUGCAGACGCUAUAUGGCAACCCAGUGGCUAGAAAGCCAAGUGGGUCCUCUUGGUAUAUCAAACCAGCCUACAGAGAGAGAACUCCUUUCUUGCUUGAGAAAUGGUCUGAUUCUUUGCAAUGCCAUUAACAAGAUUCAUCCAGGAGCAGUGCCUAAAGUCGUGGUUGUGGAUAAUCAAAUGCCUUCACAAUCGCUUACUUGGGAUUCUCAGCCAUUGCCCGCUUACCAGUAUUUUGUAAAUUUACGCAACUUUCUGGUUGCAAUGGAAGAAUUAAAGCUUCCGGCAUUUGAAGCUUCUGAUCUUGAAAGGGAAACACUAGAAAUAGGAUCGGCGGCCAAAGUGGUUGAUUGCAUUUUGGCACUUAAAUCAUUUCAAGAGUUGAAGCAGAUGAACAAUCAGAAUGGAUACAACAAAUACACAAAAUCUCCUUUACCUAUGAGAAUGCAUUCAAGAGCUGCAUCUUCAGUCCCCUCUGAUGCUUGUAGGAACUUGGAUUUAUCUGCCACAAUUGAAAAAAUGCCUCCAGCCGAGAGUAAUUUUCCGAAACGAGAAGAAAUUGUGGAAUUACUUGCCAAGCAACUGGUUGACCGUAUGUUUGAUGCCAAAGAAAAUAUUGAUGGAAACAUCAUUGCUUCUCUCCGUAAAGAACACCUGGUAGCGGAUCCAAUAAAGGUAUUUAAUCAGAUAAUGACAUGUUGUAAUGGGGAACAGCUACCUACAAGAUUCCAUGAGAAUUUUGUAAAAGUAGAGGCAUUAUCACUUCAUUCCGCAACUACACAAUCAGAUGCUUUAUCUGCUCCUGACAAUUCCAAGCGCUGCCAAGCAUGCCGCGGAAAGUGCAAGUGCAACCAGGAGCAUCUUUUAAACAUGCAGAAAAAAGAACUUCUGGAUCUCAAGGCUUUGAAGUUGAAAAUUAAGAAAGAGUUUGAAGAGAUGAAGUCACAGUUUCAAGGAUUUUUUAAUGAUAUUGGAAGUCAAAUACAGGAGAUGUCAUCUAAAGCUGUUGAAUAUCACAGAGUAGUAGAAGAGAAUAGGAAGCUAUACAAUAUGGUACAAGAUUUGAAAGGUAAUAUUCGUGUUUACUGCAGAAUCAGACCAUCAUUCCGGGCUGAAUCAAGGAAUAUUGUUGAUUUCUUUGGGGAAGAUGGUUCUCUGUUCAUUUUAGAUCCAUCAAAAACACUGAAAGAUGGAAGGAAACUUUUCCAGUUUAAUAGGGUGUUUGGUCCAACAGCUGGCCAAGAUGAGGUUUAUAAGGAUACUCAACCAUUGAUUAGAUCUGUGAUGGAUGGAUACAAUGUUUGUAUUUUUGCUUAUGGUCAAACUGGAUCUGGGAAGACUCACACCAUGAGUGGUCCAUCAGGUGGAACAUCUAAGGAUCUGGGAAUUAAUUAUCUGGCUCUUAAUGAUCUGUUUCAAAUCUGCAAUGAUGAUGGAUUGAGCCUUCCAGAUGCCAGAUUGCGCCCAGUGAAGUCUACAACUGAUGUUAUGACCCUUAUGAGACUUGGUGAGGUUAAUCGUGCUGUCAGUUUGACUGCAAUGAACAACAGGAGUAGUCGUUCCCACAGUGUACUUACUGUGCAUGUUCAUGGCAAAGAUACAUCUGGGAGCUCUAUUCGCAGUUGCUUGCACUUGGUAGACCUUGCUGGAAGUGAACGAGUAGACAAAUCUGAAGUUACAGGGGAAAGACUAAAGGAAGCACAAUUUAUUAACAAAUCUCUUUCCUGUUUGGGAGAUGUGAUCACAGCCCUGGCUCAAAAGAAUUCUCACAUCCCUUACAGGAACAGCAAACUCACUCUUCUUUUGCAAGACUCCUUAGGUGGACAUGCAAAAACUUUGAUGUUUGCUCAUGUAAGUCCGGAAGCAGAUUCGUUUGGUGAAACAGUGAGUACUUUAAAGUUUGCUCAGAGGGUUUCCACUGUGGAACUGGGGGCCGCUCGUUUGAACAAAGAAAGCAGCGAGGUUAUGCAACUUAAAGAACAGGUUGAGAACCUUAAGAUUGCAUUGGCAAACAAGGAAGCUCAAAGAGUAAUGUUCCAAAGAAUUAAAGAGCCAUACACCCCAUCCGAGAAAACUCCAGUACGCUCUCGAAGACUUAGCAUUGAGAACUGCAGUGCUGUAAAGACUGAUAAUAAAUCUGUGAAUCGUGAGGAUAAAAGUGGGGCCAAAUCACCACCUUUGUUACCUCGUUCCAGAAGAUUAAGUUUGGAAGGUCCAAAAACUAUCAAGAAAGAUGGUCUACAGUAUGAGCCAGUAUCUAUGCAAAAAUAUCGCCCAAUGCAAGAUGCAGAGGCUUUGUCAAAACUAAAUGGCCAGUUCAGCAGUGGCAAUUCUAGGUCAGAGUUGCACGCCAAAACCCCUCGAAGUCCUACAAGCAUUUCCUAUCAAAAGAGAUUGAUAAAAGUAAAUGAUGGGAUGCAAGUUCAUCCUAUUAAACUUCCUCAAACACCUGAACCACCAGUUCAGGAUGGAAAUGAUGCUCAUGGCGCUAAGGUGAUGGGUAGCACAAAUGGCAAAGGGUCCCAGAUAAGAAGAUCCUUGAGAACAAUUGGGAAACUGAUCAAUGGCUCGGAUAAGAGGAGCCAACAAGCUAUGGUUGGGGUCAAGUCACCCAUCAGGGGCACUGGCUAUAGAAAUCAUGUAAAAUCACCCAUCAAGGGCACUGGCCACACAAAUCAUCCAAAAUCACCAAUUUCAGUUGUUGAGAAGACAAAGAGGAGGCAAUCUCUAACAGGAAUUCAAGCACCACUGCCAAACAACUCACGUAGAUCUUCACUUGGAGGAAAGCCAGUAGUUGCAUCACCUGACUAA